CCGGCGUGCGCAUCGCUUUCCGCGCGCGCUGCUUCCCGCCAGAUCUUUAAGUUUCAUUUCUAACCGCGACUGUCGGUCCCUCCUCCUCGGCCUUUCCGGAGCCCGGUCGCCUUUCGGAGAUCAGGGAGCGCCAGCCAUGGACCCUCGGCGCGGAAAGGCGACGCGGACAGCUUCGAAGGCCGGGGCGGCAGCGCCCCGGGUUCCGGCGCAGGGUGGGGAGGGCGCCCCGACGGAGCCCGGCGCGCCUGCGGGCGUCCCCGCGGCCGCCCGGCCCAAGGCGCAGACCGGCGACCCCGCCAGGGCGCCGGGCCCCACGCGGAGGGAGGGCGCCGCGGGCGCGCGGGAAAGGCCGCAGGGGCGCGCGCGGGGGGCCCGCACCGGGCAGGCGCCGCCCAGCGCGGGGGACGCGGCGGACCGGCCGCCUCCCGCGGCCCCGGGGCCGCCCCUCCCUGGUGCCGGGUGUCGCCGCGACCGGGGCGCGCGCUCCGCUGCGAAGCCGAGGCCCCCGCCCGGACCCACGCAGCGCCCCGGCCUUGGCCCGCUGGGCCCCGCCCCGACUUUCGGCCCGAGGGAAGCGGCGCCCGGCGCCUGGAAGCCUCGGGCGGUGCUGGAGAGGCUGCGGCUGAGCCGCCAGGAGAUCUCGGCGGCAGCGGAGGUGGUGAACCGGCUUGUGGACCACCUGGUGCAGAGACUGCAGCGCUGCGAGUCCGAGUUCAGGGGCGUCACGCUGCUGCGCACCGGCAGCUACUACGAGCGCGUGAAGAUUUCUUCUCCUAAUGAAUUUGAUGUUAUGUUCAAACUGGAGGUCCCCAGAAUUCAGCUAGAAGAAUAUUGCAACAGUGGUGCUCAUUACUUUGUGAAGUUCAAAAGAAAUCCCAAAGGAAAUCCUCUGAGUGAGUUUUUAGAAGAGGAAAUAUUAUCAGCUUCUAAGAUGCUGUCCAAGUUUAGGAAAAUCAUUAAGGAAGAAAUUAAACACAUCGAAGACACAGACGUCAUUGUGGAGAGGAAGAGGAGAGGGAGCCCUGCUGUAACACUACUUAUUAGAAAACCUAAAGAAAUAGCCGUGGAUAUAAUCCUGGCUCUGGAAUCAAAAAGCAGCUGGCCUGCUAGCACCAAGGAAGGCCUGCCCAUCGAUAAUUGGCUUGGAGUGAAAGUUAAGAACACUCUAAGACGACAGCCGUUUUACCUGGUACCCAAGCAUGCAAAGGAAGGAAAUGGUUUUCAAGAAGAAACAUGGCGGCUAUCCUUCUCUCACAUUGAAAAGGAUAUUUUGAAAAAUCAUGGACAAUCUAAAACAUGCUGUGAAAUUAAUGGAGUGAAAUGUUGCAGGAAAGAUUGUUUAAAACUAAUGAAAUAUCUUUUAGAACAACUGAAAAAAAAGUUCAGAAACCGAAAGGAACUGGAUAAAUUCUGUUCUUACCAUGUGAAAACGGCCUUCCUUCAUGUAUGUACCCGGGACCCGGAUGACAGUCAGUGGCGCUGCGAGGACCUGGAGCUCUGCUUUGGCAGCUGUGUGGCAUACUUCCUUCACUGCCUCGAGACAGAGCGUCUAGAGCAUUAUUUCAUUCCUGGAGUCAAUCUGUUCUCUCCACACCAAAUUGAAAAACCAAGUAAAGAAUUUCUGUCAAAGCAAAUUGAAUAUGAAAGAAGCAAUGGAUUUCCAGUUUUUGGUGAAUUUUGAAAUUAUGUUUUUAAAAAGAAUCAAGAAUUAGAGUGAGUGUAUAAUGAUUGCAGUGUUUGAAAUUUGUUGCAGCAAUGAUUGACUAAAAUGAAUGUAAAUAUUUAGCUCUCAGUUUGUCUUAAUAAACCCUAAUCAGUAUAAAAGGGUUGAUUAUCCUAGGAAAGAGAUUAGUUAAGGAAUAAAAGGCAAAAAGAGUAUUUAAAAUCUAAAAGCUUUACCAGAUUGGAAUGAAAAGAAGGAAAAAGUACAUUAUCACCUUAAUUAAAUUCAUCAUGCACUUACUGAACCCCACUUCUCACCAAGCACAAAUGUGUGGAAGGUUGCAAGAGACAAUAUUAAAAAUGAUCAUGGCCUCCAUAAAACUGGUAGGUUUUGUUCAACAUACAAAUAUAUUUGAGAGCAAUGACCUGUCCUAUAUGUUAGGAUAGGUCAGAAAAAAAUGAAAAAUUAAGUUCCACAUGGUUUCUACAUGUCUCAGGAAAUUCAUAAUCUUGUAGAAAAAUA